UAGACAGCUCCCCCACUGCCUCAUGCUCAUCUCCUUCACUCCCUUUCAUUCUCUUUCUAUCUUCUCUUCUCCUCUAAACUUCACAGAGCUUUUGGGUCUGCCAUGGCUGUCUUGGUUUUUCUAGUGUUCAUGUUGGCCAUGAGUGGUGGUUCUGAUGCCACAUGGUGUGUUUGCAAGACCGAUCAACCGACAACCUCACAGCAGAAGGCACUGGACUAUGCUUGCGGUGCCGGAGCCGAUUGCACUCCAAUUCUUCAGAAUGGAGCUUGUUAUAAUCCCAACACUGUUAGUGCUCAUUGCAGUUAUGCUGCCAAUAGUUACUAUCAAAAGGAAGGGACAAGCUCAAGGAUCUUGCGACUUUCGCCGGCACUGCCCAAGUCACUCAAACCGAUCCAAGUCCUGGCAGUGGAUGCACUUUUCCGGCUACUCCAAGUGCUGCAGGGACAAGUGGGACAACAACAACAACAAGCAACAGCACAACAGGAACAACUCCAAGCACAACAUUCACACCAACAGGAAGCACUGGAACUGGAGUGAUUGGAGGAAGCUUAGGUCCAUCAGGAACAAGCAUCACCUCUCCUGAUGGCAGCAGUAAUGGUGGACAAAUUUCAAAGGUUCAUCACUCCAUCACUAUCAUGCUACCAUUUCUUCUUCUUUUGCUGCUGCUCAGGCUGUGAGUUGGAACUUGAAAGUGAAGUGAAAGUUGUGCACUUUGUUUGGUUGGUGGUCAAAUCUUUGCACAAAAAAAAAAAAAGAAAAAAGGGAAGAAAAGG